GCGUAGGUUGGCCGCGUUUGUGUUUGAAUGAGGUAUACGCGAGUUCGAAAGAAACGUUUGUUUUUCGCUAGUGGAGAAGAGUGAGGAAUCAACGAAAAUAGAAAUUUCGAUCUUCGAAAUGGAUUUAACAUUCGGAAUAAGUGUUCCUUUUUUGUUAGUGUUGUCUUUGUUCUCAGGUAUUGUCUCUAGUCAAUUAUACUUGCAACCCACUAAGGAAGAGCAUGGAUAUUUUACGGGUGAUAGUUUUUUCAUUACUUGCUUUACCACGGGGGAGGCUAUGCAAAGCAUGGUGUGGAUGGAUAUGGAUAAUAGGCCCGUAACUGCAACUGAAGGAAGAGUUCACAUUCAAGAGUCUGAUGGUGGUUCUCAAAAGGGAUUAAGACUUGUAUUUACGAACGUUGAAAAGAAUGAUGCGGGCCAGUAUACUUGUAGUGACGUUGAGUCUAGUAUCAGUUUUGAACUCAUCGUGUACCGUUCCAUUAGUUUUAGUGAUACUCCUAAAGAACAACACGCACCAGAAGGUGACACAGCAAUGCUUGUUUGCAACGUAAGAGCUGACCCAAAACCAGUAGUGAAUUGGUAUUUUAGAGGUAGCAAAAUUGACAAUGGUCCUAAGUUUAAACGUCAAGAGAAUCACAGCCUGUUAAUCCACAACCUCACUCGAAGUGAUGCUGGUGAUUACAAGUGUAAAGCAUUUGUUAUAACACCUUUAGCGACACAAGUCAAAGAUUUGGACAUUACUUUGAAAGUACAAUAUAGCCCUGAAGUGAUUGGAGAUCAAAGGGUUGUCACUUAUACUGAAUUGGGUUCUACCAAAUAUCUUCAAUGUUCAGUAAUAUCUGAGCCUCUUCCCCUGUUCCAAUGGCUACGUGAUGACAUGAUCAUUAAUAAUGGAAGCAAUGGCUUUUUAAUAUAUGGGUCUGGAAAUCACAGUACUUUCUUAGUACCAGUUAAAACAGAUGAUGAUCUUGGUGAAUACAUUUGCAGAGCAAGUAAUGCUCUUGGAAGCAAAGAAGUGAUUUUUGAAAUCAGAGAAGGAGAAUCACCUUUACCUCCAGAGCUUUCUGUGAUUGGUGAGGAUCAAGGAGUUGUGAAAUUAAAAAUUGUUCCUGCUGAGAAAGACACAAAAAACCCUGAAUUCCCCAUUAAUGGAUAUAGAGUAGAAUAUAUAUUAGCAACAGACGCAUGGGAAAAUCCAAUGAUGCAAGACUUUGACCUUGAUGAACCACUUAUGCUGAAAAACUUGAGUUUUAAUACUGAAUACCUCCUUCGAGCUUCAGUAAAAAAUCUUGCUGGAUACGGCCAUUUUUCAGACACAGUAAAAUACAAGACACAUUCACUUGAGGUUGCAUCAGUGAUCGCUAGUGCUUCUAGUAUGAUUGCUUCAUCAAUAGUACUCGCUUUCUCAAUAGCAUUCUUACGCUUAUUUUAACCUGGGAAUAAAAAUAAAUAUUGGAGGAAAAAUCAUUCUCACUCUGAAGAAAGAACUUCUCUAAUGUGGAACUUUUUCAUCAUGCAUAACAUUUGUAAUAGAUUGAUACAUUGGCAUGUAAAUUUUAGUUUGUCUUGUGGCAUCAUUACACUUUUUGAAGCAUGGAAAACUGCAUCGGUAAAAUUGAAACAAAAAUUGCUAUCGCAAAAAAGUUGUUAUAAUAAAAAUUCAAGAUCAUAUCAGCUGAUAUGCCAUUUUUACAAAGUACUUUUUAUCAAGCCCUAUUUACAACAAAAUAUUUUAUUUCUAAUGAAAUAUAUUUAUUGUACAAAUCUGAAAAAAAAGUUAUAAGCCUAUUGCCUUCAAAUAUAAAUAUGUAGCAAAAUUAAAGACAGAUUUUUUAUACAUUACAAAGCAUUUUUAAACUACAAGUUACAUAUCUUAUAUUUUGAAUCACAUGUGUUUUAUUUUUGAGGUACUUGGGUUAACUUCAUCUUCAACCUGCUGAAGUUCAAAACUUUACUAUAUGAUCUUAUCAUUCUUAAGCCAUUACGUUUUUCAUUACAUUGUAAAUUGCAAAAUAUCAUCACAUAAAGCAAAUAGUAACUGCUAAAUUAAUUUCUAAACUUUCCCUUUUUGAAAGAGUGAACAAAAAUGUUUUGAAGUUGUCUUUGCUGCUCUGUGUAUUGCAGGGUGUGUUUCAUGCUUAGUAAAUGUUUAAUUUUAUUGCUCAAAAGUUUGUCAGUUUUUUUUUUUUUUGCCAUUUUUAACUAAUGCAUUAAGCAACAUUUAGCACUGCCAGCAUAGAAAUAUAAAUGACCAAACAACACUAUUUUUUAAACUUUAUAUAAACUAAAAGAAUUCAAGUUAUUAACUUUAAUAUUGUUAUGUUCCCAAAUUUAACUGAAUUUUUGAGCAUGUGUAAUAUAUAUAUUCAACUAAUUAAAAAAAAAGUCUGUAACGAGUUUUUUGAAAUAAUUUUUGAACAUUCAAUAAUAAAAUCAUUUGUUUAAAAAGAGUUAGAUAGUGCAACAAAGGAAUUUUUGUAUUUUUAUGCAGUUUGUUACAUUUUAAUGUAUGAAACAUUUAUUUCAAUUUCCUCUUUUAAGUGUUUCUUUUUUAACUGAUGUUUUGCACAAAAAUGUAGUACAAGUGUUUUUAUUUGCUGCUAAAACUUUUAUUUGCUGGUAACAUACUUUCAUUGUCAGUAUUACAAAUUCAUAUUCAUAUUUUUGUUCUAUAGAUGUUGUGUUGUACAUUUUCCUCAAAAUUAGCUAUUUGUAUGAUUGUCUGUAUGUAAAUAUAUUUUCAUAUCUUUUGUAUUUCAUUCAUUUGCAUAUUAAAUAUUUGUUUAUGUAUAUUGUUUUAUAUAAACUUUGAGAUCUUACAUUUAUGUUACUUUAAGUAAAUUGUUAUAUUUUUUUUGAAAUGGUUCGAGAGGAUUUUAACAACAGCACUUCUUUUUAAUUUAGCUAAACAGCUCUUAAGACUGAACAAAAUAUAAAUUCUUUUAUAUAUUUUGUCUAUCUUUGUAUGCUAGUUCAAGUCUCAUAUUGUUACUGGCUGAAAUUUGUAUCGUGUUUCUGCAUCUAUAUCAUUUGGUUGAAACAGAGAAGUGCAAGUUUAAGAUUUUUUAAAAAAUAGGUGUGCAUUAUCUGUGCACUUAUUGACUACUAUGUAAUAUAAUAGUGGUUCUGCAUAAUGCAGUGCAUUACAAUUUCAAUACAAAUUUAGGCAUCUUUGAAUAAAAUAAAAUAUUUUGAAAUAUAUGUAUAGCAAGGAAAAAAGCUGUUAGUGCAUGAAGGUUAUAUUGUAAUUAAAUUCUAAUAUGAAUAAAAUUCAACGUUUGAUUUUGUUCAAUGUAAAUAAAUGUUUACAUUAAAGUGUACAGAAAUUUGUGCAAAAUUAGUGCUUUAAAUUUGAAGUGCAUAAAAUUAUGCUAUUUGCUACAACAUGGCAGCUUUUUCCUCCAUAACAUGUUAUUAUAUCUGUGAUGUUCUCCAAUGUCGAAAAUCCUAUAGGUUUUUUUGACUGAUUAUUUAUUGAGACAGCUGUACUAUCAAAGAUACCGACUCCUAGCUUAUUCAUCCCAAUUAUUCAGACUGUGUGCAGAUUGAAUUUUUGUGAAGAUGAAACUUCAUGCCUGACAUCUCUCUGCAGACUAUCUAAUAGUUCUGAAAUCAUUUUUUUCUCCUUUGUGUAUACUUGGCUCAAAAAUAUUGUAAUAAAUAUUUCUAUGUAGUUUAGUUUGUUUGACUUUAAUGUGUUUUGAAGGGGUAACCUGUUUCAUAAAUAUAUAGGAGAGAUAAAAUGAUAGUUUUAAAUGGCAGCAUUUUUUAUAAAUAGUAUUACUUUAUUCAAAUUACUAUCUCCACAUAAAUGUUAUAGCGUGAAAGUUGUAUUGGUAAUUUAUUUUAAAUAAUUCAAAAACAUACAUGCAUUGAUAAAAAAUUAUUUUGUUAUAAAUGUUAUGUGAGUAGUUCGUUUUUUAACUUUCUUUCAAGCAAUUUGAACAUCACUUCCUUUUUUUUUUUUUAUCAAAGAUACGUCUACAGAACAGGAACAUUGCAUAAAAAGCAAUUCAGUUAUUCUGUCUUGCAGUUUUGUAUAUUGUCCUAAAAAUAUAGGGUUGUUAUACAAAUCUAAAUUUUAUUUCAUGAAAUGCCUAUCUCUAGUUUCCAAUUGCAUAUAAAACUUUGAUAUCAUGCUAUAUAGUUUCCAGACUAUGAAAUAAAUCUAUUCACAUGUAUGAAUAUUUUUAUAGUAGAAUAGGAAAACGAUUGUCAUCGUAUGUUAACAAUGUAAUAAAUAUCAGUAGAUGUUUUUACAAUCCAUUUAAUUGUAACAUUGGUUUCAAUAGUUAGCAGACAUUAAGCACUGAUGGCAUCUAGUCAUGCUAUAUUAAGUGAAGGUGAAUACAGAUUUUUUUUUUCAAUCCAUUAUAUAUAUAUAUGUAAACUUAACAUUCUUUGAUGUUGCAAACUUUUGACUUGUCUGUUUUUCGUGUUCUACAAUAUUUAUUGUAAUAUUGCUUUUGGUGUACAUAAAAAUGUAAUGAUACAAUUAUUUCUUUAUUUUCCAUGAAUAAAAUUAAAUAUCUCUA